AUGAAUUUGUUUAAAGGGUUUGUUCCAAAUUAUAAGUAUCAAAAUAUUUUUAAUCUAAGAAUAAAAUCAUUUUGUUUUAAUUUGAGCACAUUAUGUGGUAAGUAUAAUAAAAGUGAUAAAAGGAAGUUUCUGAUUUCGUCGAAUAAGUCUAUAAAGGGGUAUGAUAAACAAAAAGAGCAUUUAAGAAAAAAAUUUACACAUGUAUAUAAAAAGGAUGAAGGGAAAAUAAAAAAUUAUAAAAAUUUUAAAAAUAUAAAACGUCUAAAAGAUAAUAUUGCAGAAAAAAGUAAUAUUAUGUAUCAAAAUAAUAUUGAAACAUCUUAUAAUGAUGAACAUUUAUUUUUAAACAAAUUAAAUUAUAAUGAUGAUGAAAAUAAAACACAGAGGUUUAAUGACAAAUAUAUUAUGGAUGUAGGUCACAUAAAAAAUAUGUACAUACAAAAUUGUUUAAAGAAAAAUAAUAUUCUUUAUAUUUAUACAUACCAAUAUUUAUUAAUUGAAUUAUUAAGAUGUAAUAAAAAUGUGUUAACAAAUUUAAUACAUUCAGAUUGUAUAAUGUCAUAUAUUAUAUAUAGCUUUUAUAAAAUAAAUACACAAGGAUCAAAUAAUAUAUAUGAUAAUAAAUAUGCAAACCAUAAUAAAGGUCAAAAUGUAGAUGAUUUAUUAUAUAUUUCAAAUCCAUCUAAACAUAAAGAUCUAAACAUAUUAAAACAUGAAGAAAGAAAAGAAAAGAAAAAAUUACCCUAUUCAGAAAAUUGUGUAUUAUUAAUAGUUUCAUCACAAGAACAAAUAAGUUUAAUAUAUGAAACUAUUGUAAAAUUAAAAAUUGAUAAUAUAUCUACAUAUAUUAUAAAUAAUGAAAAUAAUAUUGAUAAUAUAAGAAAUCAUUUAUUUUUAUACAAUAUGAUUAUAAUGAAUAUUGAACAUAUAAAAGAUGAUUAUGAUUUUGAAAUAUUUCUGGAUCAUAUAAGUUUCCUUGUAGUUGAUGAUAUAUAUGAAAUAUAUAAGAAAAAAAAAACAAAUUUAUUAAAAAAUAUUUUAAAAAAUUGUAAAAAAAAACAAGAAACAGAUAGCUUUUUUCAAAUUUUAUUGAUAAAUAAAAUAUUUGAUGAAUGGCUAUUCAAUGAUAUCGUACAAUAUUUAAAGUGUAUAAAAUAUAAUAUCUAUAUUGAGAAGAAAAAAAUGAAUCAAUCUAAUUUAUUAAAUGAUAAUGUUAUUCAUAAUAAUUUUGUAAAUACGUUUCGUUGUGUUAAUCUAAUUCAAUAUAAACCAAAAAUUCAUACACACAUGAGUAUAUAUGUACCCUUAAAUGAUGAAAAGAAAUUUUUAAUAUUAUUCAAUAUUCUAGAUAAUAAUAAAAAUAAAAAAAGAAUAUUAAUUUAUUAUAAUAAAAGUGAUAUAUAUUCAUUCUAUUUAUAUCUUAAUUCAUAUAUGCCUUGUAUAUUUUUAUCUAAUACAUUUAAAAUGAAUUGUACAAAAAAUCUCGUACAUCAUUUUAAUACAACUAAUGAUUAUAUAUUAAUAACAAAUGAUAAAACAAUUAACAAAAUUUAUGACCUACGAAUUAAUUUAUAUAUACAUUAUACAUUUGAUGAUGAUAUCACAUCAUAUAUGGAUAUAUUAUCAAAUCAUUCACCAUUUAAUUUAAAAAAUGUAAAUGAAAAUAAUCAAAAUGUACAAAAAGGAGAUCAUAACAAUGAAAAAGAUAACAAUGGUUUGGAUAUAUAUUAUAAAAAUAUUGAUGAACAAAUAAAUAAUUCUUAUGAUAUAGAAGAGUCUAUUUUAUUUUAUAACAAGAAACAAUAUAAAACAUAUAAUAUAUUAAACAAUCUUGUUAAUUUUUCAACCUAUACAUUACCAACCAUAAAAUAUAUGAAAUAUAAUUUUAUGAAUUUUCUAAUACAAGAAAUUCAAAGUACGCUUAUUGAUGAUAAUAAACAUAUAACAGAAGCCGAAAAAAUAUAUGAAAAAUAUGGACACACAUUUAUAUCUGCAGCAUUAUAUUAUAUACAAAAAAAAAAAUUAUUUCAUACAAAUAAGAAGUAUAAAAAUAAAACACAAAAUGAACAUUUUUCAAAUAUACAUUUUAUUAUAGAAAAAAAUAUUUCUAUCAAUACUAAAAAUCAAUUAAUGAGUUUCUUAAAUGAACUUUUAAAUUUUAAUAAAACUGUAGGUGAUAUCAAGUUUUUUAUUCAAAAUUACAUAUACAGUAAAAGAGGAUAUAUUUUAACUAUUCCUGAGCAUAUAUAUAACAUAUUACACAAAAAUAAAAAUGAUAUUGAAAAUGUUGAAAAAUAUAAGCAUAUACAUAUGUAUAUUUUAUAUAACAAUUAUCAAAAGGAUUUUACAUUUAGCUGUGUCAAAAAGGGCAAAUACAAGUCAAAAAAAGCAAAGAGACGCUUGAUGAAACGGUUAAACGUGAAAAAGGAACAAAUAGAAAUUAAUAAGUUAAAUAAAAAAUUGGCUAGUAGUUUUAAAAUAAGAAAAAGAAAUGUAAAAAAUAAUAUGGAGUCUAUAAAAAAAGCAAUGGAAAUGUAG